AUGAUACUGAUUCAAAUUAAGAACAAAACUGAUUUAGAUUUCUUGGCAACAAAUUGUUUCAAUUUCUUUAUUCUGAGUACUUUUGUGGUUUUCAAACAAUAUUGGAAUAAGAUUUAUUAUAAGAGUAAAAUCUAUUUAUGA